AGAGAGAAAAAGAGAGAGAUAGGGGCAGCACAGCAGAGCAGACAACGGGGCCAUUUUUGUGUUUCAUACUUUGGAGCAAAACCUAAUAUCAAUUUAAUUAAUUACUAUUGUUUUUAAGACCCAUAUUAUUAUUAUUAUUAUUACUAUUAUUAUUAUCGUUCAAAGCAUAACUCAGAAGAGAGGUAUUGCAAAUUGCAAUCUCUCUCUCCUCUCUGUUUAGAGACGUUGUUGGCAUUCACACCAACCUUGAGUUUUUUCCCGUUUCUGCCGACGAAUUUGUCCCAUCGGAUUGGAUCAGUUCAGUCCCUUGGUGCUGGCUCACAGCUUGUACUGAACACCAGCUACAAUGAAGAAGGCUAUUGGUCAAACUGUUAGGGACCUAAAAAGAGGUGUUAAUAAGAAAGUUCUGAAAGUUCCUGGGAUUGAACAGAAGGUACUUGAUGCUACCAGCAAUGAGCCCUGGGGACCUCAUGGAUCACUUCUUUCAGAUAUUGCUCAGGCAACCAGAAAUCCUCAUGAAUACCAGAUGAUCAUGUCAGUAAUCUGGAAGCGAGUUAAUGACACGGGAAAGAAUUGGCGGCAUGUCUACAAGGCUUUGACAGUACUAGAGUACUUGGUGGCUCAUGGGUCAGAGCGAGUCAUAGAUGAUAUCAGAGAACAUGCUUAUCAAAUAUCAACAUUGUCCGAAUUUCAAUAUGUUGAUUCCAGUGGAAGAGAUCAAGGAAUCAAUGUUAGGAAGAAAUCUCAGGGCCUUGUUCUCCUUGUGAAUGAUAAAGAAAAAAUCUUAGAGGUUAGGCAGAAGGCUGCUGCUAAUAGGGACAAGUUUCGCAACACCUCAGGCAAUGGAAUGUAUAGGCCUGGUUCAGGCAGUGGAGCUUAUGGUGAUAGGUAUGAUGAUGAUCGUUAUGGAAACAGAGAGGAAGAUAGAAAUGGGUAUGGAUAUGGAAGAGAAAGAGAACCAGGUUAUAGAGAUGAUGACCGGUAUAGUCGUGACGGGGAUCGUUAUGGCAGAGAAUAUGAGGAACGUUAUGGUAGGGACGGUUACAGGGAUGAUGACUAUAGAGGAAGAAGUCAAAGUGUUGAUUACGCAUAUGAUACAAGAAGCAGAAGCUCUGACAGAGACCGUGAUGAUGAUGGCCAAUACUCAUCUCGAGGUAGCAGUGCCAAAGCUGAAGACAAUUCUUUGGAAGCUAGGCUUGAGAAGAAACUUUCUGAGCAAAAUAUGGGUGUUCCUCCUAGUUAUGAAGAAGCUAUUGGUGAAUCUUGCAGCCCUGCACACAGUGAAAGGGAUGUAGAAACUUCAGUAGCAUCUGCUCCGAGAGACUCAUCUCCUCAUGUAAAUGAUAAUCCCAGCCAAAUCUCUGCUCCUACUGCAUCUUCUACUUCUACAAGCAAUAAUCCAACAGAAGCAACUGCUGUUGCCAGUACAGCUGCAUCUGGAAAGCAGGGAACUGAGGCUACUGAUGAUUUCUUUGACCCCCGUGUUGCCACUACAGGUAGCCCAGUAACUUCUAAUAAUGUUGAAAUGGACUUUCUGGGAUCCCUGCCAGAUCCGUUCUCAUCAAAUGCACUGCCUCUUGGGCCAGCUGUGGCAGAAAUUGCCACCCAUGAGGGCAAUGCAAACACUGGUUCGACAGCUUCCUUGGCAGCGCCGUCACCUGGGUCUAAUUUCGAUCAGCAGUCCUUUGAAGAUCCAUUUGGUGAUACGCCAUUCAAGGCUGUUCCUAACAAUGAUGCUGCUCCAUCUCAACCACAGACGUUCCAGAAUCUGGGCCCAUCCCAGUCAAGUGGCCUUAAUGCAGAUUCGGUCACAAACUUCGGAUUUGGCGACUCAUUUUCUGUUGUACCAUACUCUGCAGCUGCUCCUGGUGACACUCAUCAUAUCUCUUCAAACUCUCAGUUUUUGCCCCAAGAUUUCUCGUCUCCACAGCAGGAAAUUGACAUUCUUGCAGACAUUCUUCCUCCUGCACCAUCACCAGAGAUGGCUUCACAGCACAACUUUUCAGCUCCUGCUGUUGCUCUAUAUCCUCCUCCAUUUUCAUCUUCAUCUAGCCAAAUGGCAUCACCUUUUUCUGAACCAACUGGUGAACUAAGCCAGCAAGGUUUCUCUGCCACAACCAGUCAACCUUCUCAAGGCUUUUCGCUUCCUACUGGUCAAUUUUCCGAGCAAGCCUUUUCAGCUCCUGCAGUUGCCCAACCAUCACCUUCCUUUCCAGCUUCAUCUAACCAAAUGCCAUUACCUUUUUCUGAACCAACUGGCCAACUUGGCCAGCUUGGUUUCUCUGCUGCGACCAGUCAGCCUUCACAAGCUGUUUCAGUCCCCACUGAUCAAUUUCCCCAGCAAACCUUAUCAGCUCCCACCAAUCAAUAUGCACAACCCUUUUUAUCUCAUGCCAGGCAACCUGAUUUGCAUGCAUUUUCAUCAUCAACUGGCCACUCUAUGCUGCCACCUUUUACUUCUCAAGGUGGUCAACCUGCACAAUCAAGUGGUCAUAUGUAUAGUGCAUUCCACCCCCAGGAUGGAUCUUUUACUUCAGGAGCUCCACAUGCAUCUGCUCAAUCUCAAAAUGGGUAUAACGGUGCUAUGAACAGUGGGAGCUACCUGCCACAAGGAUCUACAGCAUCUAUUCCUUCACAUGUAGCUCCCCAAGCUCCAACAGGACAUUUAUCACAGAACACGAACUUCAUCAAUUAUGGUGGAUCUAGUCCCCACACUACUUCCCAUAUGGUGUCUCACUCAUCAACGCCACAAGCAGCACAGUUUAAUGGUCAGAGCUUCAUGGGACAACAGGGGAGUGCUGCACACCUUAGCUCACCACUUCCCCAUCAGUCACUUGCUCCUAGUGCUGCACCAUAUGCUGUUUCAACCAGUUCAAGUCCUAUGGUAUCUCAACCCGCCAAGGACAAGUUUGAAACAAAAUCAACAGUUUGGGCAGAUACACUAAGUAGGGGACUGGUUAAUUUGAAUAUAUCUGGACCUAAAACAAAUCCAUUAGCAGAUAUUGGGGUUGAUUUUGAUUCCAUAAAUAGGAAGGAGAAGAGAAUGGAGAAGCCUACCACUACAGCUGUAACAUCAACUGUGACUAUGGGUAAAGCGAUGGGAGCAGGUUCAGGUAUAGGCCGGGCUGGUGCCGGUGCUCUCAGGACUCCUCAAAAUCCUAUGAUGGGUUCUGGAAUGGGUAUGGGUAUGGGCAUGGGCAUGAACAAUGGCCCAGGUGCUAGUAUGGGAAUGGGAAUAGGAAUGAACAAUGGCCCUGGUGCUGGAAUGGGUAUGGGAGGCUACGGAGGCAUUAAUCCAUCAAUGGGCAUGGGUAUGGGUAUGGGAAUGGGCAUGGGAAUGGGUAUGGGGCAAGGAGUCCAAAUGCAACCCCCUAUUGGAAUGCCUCCCGGGCCUAACAUGCCAGGUAACUAUAAUAACCCCAUGAUGGGUCCGGGUAGUUAUGCCCAACAGCCAUAUGGUGGCUACCGGUGAGAUAGAACGAACUUCAAUUCUAGAGAGCAUGGUGAAGUAUAGUCACUUGGUUGUUUUGUUACAAGUUGAGAGAUGAGAUGUCUAAUGCCAAUGCUGCUAGUGGUCCACAUGGUGACAUGAAUUUUAUAGCGGUGUAUCUUCAACUAUAGUUGUAAUUUGUGUAAAGUGACCCACUGUGAUGUAUGCUUAUUCCUGUUAUAAUAUUACCAUUCUUUUUUCUUAGAGAGGGUCAUCUUCCUUUAGGUGCUCUGAGCAUCGACCAGUAUUAUCUGUGUACCAAUGACUGGAUAGUGCGAGCAACCUUGCUCGGGUUACUGCUCCCUUUGCCUCUUCCUCAAUUUUUUGAACAAGAGAUUGUUUAUUAAUAUAUUCUUUUUCCCCCAA